GCACUUUCAUUGAAACGUCUUGUUGUUUCCCAGGCUAGGAAAUAAGUUCACAGGCUUUAUUUGAGCUUUGGAAGACAGAGGGCACCACCAGAAGAGAAAAGCCUAGAAGUUCUUUUUUUUUUUUUUUGGAUUUCCCUGGAAGUCGAGUGGGACCCGCCAAAUUGACGGGGAAGUAUACAUUUUAGAGCAGUGAGCCAUCGAAUCGAAAAGGCUGCAGUAGCAACCGAGGUAGAAGCGUGCAACAUUGUUGCAGUGAGGCUGUGACUGCGCGGACGAGGGGAAUAGCACACUGCAAUGCUAAACAGGAGAGCAUUUUAUCAGACUUUUCUACUGUGAACUUUUCUCAAAUUCGAAUUAAACCCCUGGUGUUUAACAGGAAGACGAUAUAUUUUCGAAAAGGAUAAAGCAUGCCGGACCAAAUUACAGUGUCGGAGUUCGUGGUGGAGACAAAUGAAGAUUAUAAAGCGCCGACGGCUUCAAACUUCACCACCAGAAUGUCCCACUGUAGGAAUACCGUGAGUGCUUUGGAGGAGGCGCUGGAUGUGGACCGCAGCGUGCUGUACAAGAUGAAGAAGUCAGUCAAGGCCAUCUACACCUCGGGUCUGGCCCAUGUGGAGAAUGAGGAGCAGUACACCCAGGCUCUGGAGAAGUUUGGGGAGAACUGUGUCUACAGGGACGACCCCGACCUGGGUUCUGCCUUCCUCAAGUUCUCGGUCUUCACCAAGGAGCUCACCGCCCUCUUCAAAAACCUGUUCCAGAACAUGAACAACAUCAUCACCUUCCCUCUGGACAGCCUGCUGAAAGGAGACCUGAAAGGAGUCAAAGGGGACCUGAAAAAGCCAUUUGAUAAGUCCUGGAAAGACUAUGAAACAAAAGUCACUAAGAUCGAGAAGGAGAAGAAGGAGCACGCGCGGCAGCACGGCAUGAUCCGCACUGAGAUCAGCGGGGCCGAGAUAGCAGAGGAGAUGGAGAAGGAGAGGAGGUUCUUCCAGCUGCAGAUGUGUGAGUAUCUUCUCAAAGUGAACGAGAUCAAGAUCAAGAAAGGGGUGGACCUACUCCAGAAUCUCAUCAAAUAUUUCCACGCACAGUGCAAUUUUUUUCAGGACGGGCUGAAAGCAGUAGACAACCUCAAACCAUCCAUAGAGAAACUAGCCACAGACUUACACACGAUAAAGCAGGCCCAGGACGAGGAGAGGAAGCAGCUCACUCAGCUACGGGACGUCCUCAAGUCAGCGCUGCAGGUGGAGCAGAAGGAGUCUAGGAGAGAUUCCCAGGUGCGACAGAGCGCUACCUACAGUUUGCACCAGCCGCAGGGAAACAAGGAGCACGGUACUGAGCGCUGUGGGAACCUCUACAAGAAGAGUGACGGGCUAAGGAAAGUGUGGCAGAAGAGAAAGUGUUCAGUGAAGAACGGAUACCUCACCAUAUCACAUGGGACGGCGAACCGACCGCCGGCCAAACUCAACCUCCUCACAUGUCAGGUGAAACAUAACCCAGAAGAGAAGAAGAGCUUUGACCUCAUCUCACAUGACAGAACGUAUCACUUCCAGGCCGAGGACGACCCAGAAUGUCAGAUAUGGAUCUCUGUGCUGCAGAACAGCAAGGAGGAAGCGCUGGAUAAUGCUUUUAAGGGGGACCAGCACGUUGGAGAGAACAACAUAGUCCAGGAACUGACCAAGGCCAUCCUGGGAGAGGUCAAGAGGAUGACCGGCAACGACAUCUGCUGCGACUGCGGCGCUCCCAACCCUACCUGGCUCUCCACUAACCUGGGCAUCCUGACCUGUAUUGAGUGUUCUGGGAUCCACAGGGAGCUGGGAGUCCAUUACUCCAGGAUCCAAUCCCUCACACUGGAUGUCCUCAGCACCUCUGAACUCUUGCUGGCCAAGAACGUGGGGAAUGCAGGCUUUAACGACAUCAUGGAGGCGUGUCUAUCUGCGGAAGAUGUGGUCAAACCCAACCCUGCCAGUGACAUGCAAGCCCGUAAGGACUUCAUCACAGCCAAGUACACAGAGAAGCGUUUCGCCAGGAGGAAGUGUCCAGACGGGGCGUCUAAGCUGCACACCCUGUGUGACGCGGUCAAAGCCCGGGACAUUUUCUCUCUGAUCCAGGUGUACGCGGAGGGAGUUGACCUGAUGGAGCCCAUCCCCCUGGCCAACGGACAUGAACAAGGAGAGACGGCCCUUCACCUAGCGGUCAGACUAGUGGACAGGACCUCGCUCCAUAUCGUCGACUUCCUCACUCAAAACAGUGUGAACCUGGACAAGCAGACAGCCAAAGGCAGCACGGCCCUCCACUACUGCUGCCUGACUGACAACAUGGAGUGUUUGAAACUGCUGCUGCGGGGCAAGGCAUCCAUCGACAUUGCUAAUGAGUCUGGGGAGACGCCGCUGGACAUCGCUAAGAGACUGAAGCACCUGCAGUGUGAGGAGCUGCUGAACACGGCGUUGGCGGGGAAGUUCAACGUCCACGUGCACGUAGAGUACGAGUGGCGUCUGCACCAUGAAGACAUGGACGAGAGUGACGAGGACCUGGAUGAGAAGGUGAGGCCCAGCCCCCACCGGCGAGAGGAACGCCCAGUCAGCUGCUACACCCCUGGCUCCAACUCCCACCGCCAGCCCAGCCCUGCUUCCCUGGCACGGGACGCUUCCAGCCUGGCCAAGGACAAGCAGCGUGGUGGGUACAUGCCCAACCUGGUCAACAACGAGACCUACGGCACCAUCCUCAACGCCAGCCCCCCCGCGCCCGGGGGGCCCACCCCCACCUCUGCACCCCCUUUGCCCCCACGAAACAUAGUCCAGUCAUCAGGGUCCUCUGGGUGGAAGCCUGGCUCUAUAGACCUGGGGGUCCGACAGAGGUCCUCCUCAGACCCCCCCAAUAUCCACCCCCCCGUACCCCCCAUGAGGGUCACAUCAACCACUGGUCUUGCUCCUCCCCCCGUGGCCAAGACAGUGAGUAUGAUGGAGGCGAUGAACCAACAGUCUAAACCAGGGACCGGACAGGGUCACAACAGAGCCCCAACACCUAAGUCUCCUUCUGGCAACGACAAAAGCUUCAGCAAAGGACCGACUCGAACUGGGUCCAUCGAAAGACCAGCUAAAGAAGUGCCGGGAUAUCCCCAGAACUCAAUAGGUCAAUCGCUGCCUCCCGCCCCCAUGCCUAGGAAGACCUAUCCGAAGCAGAGGCCCAAGCGGGUGAAGGCCAUCUACAACUGUAUGGCGGACAAUGCAGACGAGCUGACCUUCUCUGAGGGGGAGGUGAUCGUGGUGGACGGGGAGGAGGACCAGGAGUGGUGGCUGGGCCACAUCGAAGGAGAACCUAUGAGGAGGGGGGCUUUCCCCGUCACAUUCGUACACUUCAUCAUGGACUGAAGGUCAAAGGUCACCAGAGGUCAACACAGGACCUGGAAUGGAAACCAUGGAAAUGCCCUCCACCACCACCACAUUUGUGGGGCGAAAUUCUCUUUGUCAUCAUCAAAGCUUGUGCCUGCUUUGGCUGUACAGUCUGUGUUGCCAUGACAACAGAUACAUCCCUUUACUCCAGGAAUGUCAUGUGACAUCAUAUCACUCUUUUAGGCCAAGCCUGCAAAGGCUCGUGGGGAAACUGUGUUUAGACUUCUGACAGGAAAAAAAACGAUGAUUGUAGUAGAUAACCUCUUGCAAUAAAAUGCACUUUCUGCUUAUUUAUCCUGGUUGCGACAUUUAGAGGAUUAUUGACAAAAUGAAGGUUCUGUUAAUAAGUAUUUCACUCUGUUGUUUUGGGAAUUGUACAGAAAGUUCUUCAAGGACAGCUGACAGGGACAGUAACGUGUAUCUUAAGUUUUCUUUCACUUAUCGUUAAUGUGAAUAUAGUCGAUAUGCUUACAUUCCGUCUCCUUGCAUGGUUAAAGGGUGAAACAUUUUUAAACGCUUAACUGCUUAAUAGGCAAAGACAUGUAAACUUUACAGGACUCACAAUGUGGGAAGCAAACUCAGUGGUGUAGUGGUGCCUGGAGAAGUGGGUAUACUAUAAUUUGGCAACAAAAAAAUCCCAAAGGCCUGCCUGGUGAAGGAAAGGCGCGUUUGUGGAAAAACUCUGACAAAAAAUGAUAAAUCCCAUGUUGGUCUUUAACAGUCAGGCCAACCCAAGCUGUACUGUGCAAGUGGGCUAAUAGUAGGCCUACUAUUGAAAUGAAUAAAUGCGGCCGUCAACUGAGUCAGAAAAUUCAGUCAAACAAAUUCUCUCCAAGUCACACUUUUUAAUAGAACAUCCAAUUUUGUUGUUUUUCUAAGUCCACAACAAUGCCACACCAGAAGACCACUUUUGAGGUGUGGUAAAAAUCAAAUGUCUUUUUUCUGUAGUAAUUAUCCUUUAAUUCAACUGUGCAGACACCUAGCACUCUUUGGUUAGCAGUGUUUCUGUAAUGCACAUGAGAUGGAGUUUUCAAAACAAAUGGCCACUGGAUUGAUGCAAAUAAUCAUGCUGCCAGGUAGGAUAGGCCACUUUGUAGCUAGUUAACAUUUAAUUGAGUUUUUUUGGGAAAGCCUUUCCAUCUAGGCUACAAGAAGACGAUUAGCUUUGCUAUAUUUUUCCUGUUCCUUAAUCAUAAAACGUCCAGGUUUCAAACUUCAUGUUAUGGGGCAUGUCUUACAUUUUUUAAAGUAGCCUAUAGUUAAAAUCCUACCAUAUAAACAUGGAGGUAAUUAUUUUAUAAAGACAUCUCAUAUUCACGCUCCUGUUCUAUUGGUUUUUAAAUCCGCUUUCUUUCAUUCUUUAUCAAACAAAGGCAUUAUCGUAGUCAUAUUAGCAACCCGUAAUAAUUGUUGCAUCUUUAGAUCUCCCCUCUUUCUAAAUGUCUCUGUCCAUGAAACCGCUCGCAUGUGCAGUGCACAUUUUAGAACUGUGUUUCCCUGCAAAUUUCAUUUUGGAACAUUUGCGUGUAACCCUACCGCCAUGUGCACAUUACUGCGCUUAAAAUGUGAAGAAAUAAUAGUUAAUCCACGUUUUAAGCUAAACAUUCUGAUCUGAUCCAUCAGCCUUAUUAAUUGAUACGGCGUAUACCUCCACCACACUAGCCUACUUUGAUAUACAUCGUGGGAUUAAGAAGUUGAGUAUACGCAAUGCCCACAAAGUGGGUGUAAGGCUGCAUAUACCCUCCACUACACCACUAGGCAAACUUAAUUCAAAAUGGUGCUAACCCAGUAAUAUGCUAGGAGUCCUCCCGUAUGGGUGAUCCACUGUCCCCAUUUCUAGACAGCCCUUAGUAACAACGGGGGGUUGCUGGGGGUGUAUUUAGGCCUGUAUUUAACUGGGGGAACCCAGGCUCACUAUCCUACUGUGUGUGCUGACCUGCAUGCGUGCGUGUCCAUAUCAGCUUGAAACAAUAGAAGUUACUUACAGCACAUCUCCAUUUAGAUGGCCUACAGUGUGGUACCAGAUUUACGGCAUUAACCCAUCUGACACUUACUCUGUUUAUAAAAUGCCUCGUUGUUGCACUUCUUACCCUUUUGCUAUAAUAUCAAUAUCAUCAGUGAAAUGGAUGUUGUGAACUAUCUUUAGCUGCAUAGAUCACACUUUAGUUGUGAACCACCAUCUUUCUGUGGCUCUGGUCAAAAGUAGUGCACUAUAUAGGGAAUAUGAUGCCAUUUGGGACAUAGACAGUGAGAGAGAGAGAUCUGCAGAGGGGUUUAUGCACCUCAUGGGGCAAGGGUGAUGGCUCCUGUUCCGUGGCUCUUUUUAUCUGUAGUGGACAGCAGGCUAUCAAAUGGCACACACAGAGGUACAUGUGGACACACAUGCACAUAGUUGUCAUUGUACUAAAAAUAACUUGUCCUUUGAGGUGACAUUGUAAGGGGGAUGGCAAUACCAAAUGACACACUUGAAAGGACAAUGCAACUACUUUUAUGCACACUUACACACACACACACCUACCAUAGUAUUCAAUCUGAUUCAUAGUGCUCAGCCUAUAAUUCUACCAUAGUCCACAACUUGAUUACUAGCUGGGACCAGCAUUACUUACAGACCACCCUUCUUUUAUAUAUCCUAGGUCCCAUACCGAAGAGUAUGUUUUAAACUUUAAUAUUCUUACAAAGCAUUUGACGUAAUGUCUGAUUUUGGUUGCAGAGCAACUCUUAUCUAUACAUGUUUGAUGUUUAAUCUUAAAUGGGACAUACAGUACUCUCAAUUGUGAAUGAACUACGAUAGACGACGACAAGAGGCGUCGCAUGUAUCUGCCACACUGUUCCUCCCCAUAUUAACUCACUGGAAAUAGGAUGGUUCAUCUGUAAAUGUACAUAGAUUGUUUUGUUUAUAUUUAAAUGUAUAAAAGAGUUCAUGACCUUGGCAGUAAGUGUCUUUUAAUGCACUGUGGUGACGUGCUGUUUUCCAGCUGGUGUUCAGUGUGUAGUCUAGUAGUGUACACACAAACCAAGGCUGUGCAGCUAUUCCAUUCACACUCAUUGACUCUGGAUCACAGCAUUGACUCUAACCUAUUGUGCAAAAUAAUUGGGGAAAUUGAAACUGGAAUAAUAAAAUGGAAUAAUUCCCA